ACAGAAGUAAGACAUGACAUCAUUAGAAGAGGAAGAAGUAUGGUGUGAAGUGAGUGAUGACGAGAUGUAUAAUCCAGGUAAAAUGAAAAAAGGAACAUGGGAACCUACUGCAGAAGAUAUCCUGAAGGUGUUUGAAGAAAUCAAAUCCAAAAAGGUGUUGGAUUUACACUGGAAAUGCCCAGGGAGGAGACAUCCUGAUACUGAUGUCAAGAAGGAGGAAGACAAUAAGGAAGAAAAAGUUACAACACCAGUCAAACAAGAGGAGAAAAAACCAAGUAUUCCGAAUGAGUUUGAUUUUGACGAGGAUGAUAUGGGGGGAAGUAAAACUGUUAUCACACCGAGGAGAACUCCAGGAUCUGUCCCCAAGUCACAGAAGAAGGAAGCCAAGAUGGACAAGAUCCUUAAAGACAUGAUGCAGCAAAGGAAGCUACAGGCUGCUGAAAGAGAGGCUCGUAAACUGGCCGGGAACAAAUCUCCACGGACACCUGCUAGUCCAGGCAGAGCAAGGAUAGGUAGCCCGGCUGGUUCUCCUCGGACUCCAAACAGACAAUCUCCGGUGAGGAUCGGUGCCGGACAAUCGGAUCAGAUCACGACCACUCCUGUUAGACCCCCUUCUGAAACCUUCAGUGCAAUUCAACCAGGAAAACUAGACUCUCACAAUGUUAGCAAUAGCAAAAUACAUGACAAUGGUUUUAAUAAUUCAAGUUCUGGUAUUAAAAAUCAAGUGCAGCAGUCUACACCUAGUGUGUCGACAGCUCCAUCAAAUAAUAUUGAGACCCAGUCUAAAAAUUCAAAUUCAGGGGAGGCAACUCCUCAAGCUUCACAAGGUGCUGAUCCUUCACAAACAAUGCAAAGGGAGGUAACUUCAAAUCCACAUGCUCCUAGCCAGAUUCAGCAAGUUAACCAGCCAAUGAAAACAGCUGAAACAAAAGCUGAAAAUACUGAAAUUAAACCUGAAGCCCCAAAUCCUCCUACUGAAAAAAUGGAUACAAGUUGAUAAAAGAAAUUAAAUAGAAAGAAAACAG